AUGGCAGUUUCUUCUUCUUCUUCUUCUUCUGCAUCUCUGUUGAACUCUCUCUCCUCCCUUUCUCUAUCUUCUUCUUCACCACCUCCGACCACCAUUUCUAUCUCCUCCGCCUCCUCUUCCAGUAAUGCACCGUCAUCGAAGACCCUGACGAUCAGGCAGACUCUGAUAACCCCCGUAAAUCGUGAAGUCUGUCCUGAUCUCCAAACAGUUAUGUUUCCCGCGCUUGCGUUUUCAAAUACAUUAUGUUUCAAAUCCGCAUACAACCUUCAGGUGAUCGCGUAUCCUGAUGAAUCCGAAGAUAGUCUGGUCGGUCGGUUCCGACGAGAGGUUUUCAGAGCAAAUAUUGUACAAGAGGCGAAACGCAGGAGGUUCUUCGAGACUAAUCAGGAGAAGCGAAAACGGAAAAUUCGUGAUGCUGCUAGACGAAGAGCCAGAAGGCGAUCACAACCAAAGGCCAAAAAGGAGGAAGUUCCACGAAAAAAGGCAGUUAAUGAUGAAGGUGAUGACAACUGGGGACCAAUUGAUGGUAAAAUCCCUUAUUGUCCAUGA